CAAGUGACGUGUUUUAUAAUAGUCUGAAGACAUAUGUUACUACUCGUAUACUCGUACAAUGAAAAAUAAAUUUUCAAAAUUAGUAUCCAUUGGAAAUUUGGGAAUACUGUAACUGUAGGAUAUCCCGGCGGUGUACUUAGUAAUAUCUAUAACAUUGGUUUGGUGUGUUCAGACUCGAUCUGAUGUGUGGAGGUGUGACAACGGGUGAACCGAGGUGACCCCAUCUUUGGCCUGAUCUGACCUGACCUGACCUUCACUGAUCAUCAUGAUGGACUUGGCUCAACUCCGCCAGCGCCUCACCGCCCACGGCCAGGAACACCUUCUGCAGUUCUGGGAGGUGCUCACUGAGGGCCAGAAGAGGACGCUAUACAACGACCUCAAUGGCCUGGACUUCAAAGAAGUGUGUGGAUACUACAAGAGAACUGUAGCAUCACUGAAUGAGGAGCAGACAAAACUUGAUGAGAGAAUGCAGCCCAUCCCUGCUGAGAUGCAUGGAUCUGUCACUCGCACCCCACUGGAGAAGAUCAAUGAUUAUGAGGAGGCAGGUCUGCAUGAGGUAAGUGAAGGUCAUGUGGGAGUGCUGCUGCUGGCUGGUGGACAGGGAACUAGACUUGGUGUUGAUUAUCCUAAGGGCAUGUAUAAUGUCAAAUUACCAUCUGGGAAGACUUUGUACCAGCUUCAGGCUGAGAGAUUAUUGCGGCUACAGCGUCUGGCAAAGGAUAAAUAUGGCAAGUGUGGAAACAUUCCGUGGUACAUCAUGACUUCCGAGCAUACAAAGGAGCCCACCAUGGAUUUCUUUGCUCGUAAUCAUUACUUUGGAUUGGAGAAAGAAAACCUGGUGGUAUUUGAGCAGGGAAUGUUACCUUGCUUUACCUUUGACGGCAAGAUCAUCUUGGAAUCACAAAAUAAGGUGGCCCGUGCUCCUGAUGGCAACGGUGGGCUCUACAGGGCACUCAGGGAGAAGAAUGUUCUGGAAGAUAUGGAGCGCCGUGGAAUCAAAUACGUGCAUGUAUAUUGUGUAGACAAUAUUCUAGUCAAGAUGGCAGAUCCAAUCUUCAUUGGUUACUGUCUCUCUAAAGGAGCAGACAGUGGAGCCAAAGUUGUAGAGAAAGCUUUCCCAACAGAGGCUGUUGGUGUGGUGUGCAAGGUAGAUGGGAUCUAUCAAGUGGUGGAGUACAGUGAGAUCACCCUCAAGACUGCUCAAAAACGAAACCCUGAUGGGAGACUCACAUUCUCUGCUGGUAACAUAUGCAACCACUACUUCACCACAGAGUUUCUCAAAAAAGUUGUAUAUGGUGACUACGAGGCAAGCAUGCACCAUCAUGUGGCUAAGAAGAAGAUCGCGAUGGUAACUGCUGAUGGUAAGAGUGUCAAGCCAGAGAAACCAAAUGGCAUCAAGAUGGAAAAGUUUGUCUUCGACGUCUUUCAGUUUUCAAACACUUUAGCAGUGUGGGAGGUGAUACGUGAGGAUGAGUUUGCUCCUCUUAAGAAUGGGGAUGGAGCAGAGAAGGACACGCCCACCACUUGUCGUCAUGCUCUCUUCUCCCUUCACCACCGCUACCUCCUGAAUGCUGGGGGCACCCUAAUAGACUCUGAGGGAGAACCCCUUCCACUUAUUCCAAGGCCAGAAGACAAACCAGUAACAGUAGUAAACAGCCCUGCUGCUGCUCCAAAAUGUCCUACCACUGAAAAUGCCAACACAGAGUUCAAUAAUAAUGAUGCCAUUUUGAGUAUUAAGGAAAAGAGAUGCAACUGGCUGACACGCCUCUUACCACAUAUUUGUGCCUUAUGGUUCAGCCAAAAAGAAAUGCGAUGGGAUGAAUGCCCAGUUGUGGUAGAGAUCUCACCCCUUGUAUCAUUUGCUGGUGAAGGACUGGACAAGCUGGUAGCAAACAAGAGAUUUACUUGCCCAUUACUUUUGAAUGAACCUGCAAAGAAGAUUGAAGUGUAGCCUUGACCUCUUCUGUUGAUUACUAUAUCUUGAAUUCUAUGUAUCACAUACCGUGAAAUCAAAUUAAUCCAAAAUGAAAUUUCAUUAUUGUUAAUAUUUUCUGUACAUAAAAAAAAACAUCACAUCCGUAUGCAAGAUUUUAAAGAUAUGGAAUGAAGUGCACAUUCAAAUGGAGUCACCUGUCAGAUAACUGAAUUGAAAUCCUAAAUAGUAGCACAGCAGGCAAGUACUGUAGUACCAUAUGUGAAUAUAGUUUUUGGGUCACUUGUACAGCUGUCUGCAUAUAGAGAGCACUAUUCUGCAUAUCAUGCUGCAGAUGAGUAAAGCUCACCUGCCAAAUGCAGCAAAAGGGAUUUAUCUCAUGGAAAUAUAUUCAUAUCUCCAGGGUAAAAAUUAGUGUCAAGUUUUCUGAUGUCAGAGUUAAAGCGGUAUAUCUGCAAUUACAGCCAAGCAAAGCUUAUCUUCACAGUAUUUGUGUGAGGUGAAGCAGUACUGUAGUCAGGUUGGAAGAGGAAGAAGAAUGUUAGCCUUGUUUGCAAAGCAAAUUUGCAGUUGAUCUAUGGCUGGGGCAGUUGGGUCAGGAUUUCACAACUGGUUACAGAUUAUAAUGAAUUUAUACCCUUUUCCAAUGACCAGCAGUGCACAAGUGACAUGUGUUUUCCUCAGGAUAUGCAUAUAUAUUUUUUUUAAUUGGUUGGUUUUACACUCUGAAUACUCUCACACAUGGAUGGUCAUUCUGUGAUUGCAUAAGAAUUAUUGUCGGCAAUGUUGUUUUUUUUUGUUAAAAAUAACUGCCCAUGACAGUGUUCCUAUUUUGAUAGUGGAUAAUAAAUCUUGAUUUUCAGUCCUAAAUAAUCAUGGGAAAAUAUAUUUUGUUUGAUAUAAUUAGGUAUAAAUGUACAAAAAGAUUUAUUCUAAUUUAAAUGCUUCUGUUUAUGGUGCCCAGAAGUGUGUCCUACAUAGAUAUCCAGGUAUGUAAUAUAACUAUUACUUCAUUUGAAAUAUAUUAUUAUUAUUUUUUCAUAUACUUUAGUCAUUGAAAGGUGUAGCAGAGUCCACUUUAAUGUGCUACUGCUGUGCAACUACACUGUUUUUUUUUAUAUUUAAGAAAUAAUUCAUUAUUGAAUGAUACAAUGCUAAAACUGAUAUUUAUGGUAUAACUGGAACAAUUUUCCUAACUGACACCUUGUACAUUUUAGCUCAUAUCACUUCCUUUUGAAGCUGUGUUCAGUUGUUUUUUUUACAACAAAGUUACUUUAGAGAUUUAUAUUAAGUUCAGUUCAAAAUUUUAUUAUUUUUUUGAAGUUUUAAGAAUGACUAAUUGAUUUGGGUUUAGGUAUCAUUAUUCAUUCUUGUGCUUUGCUCAUAUUAAUUCAUGAUAAAGGUACUUAAAGAAAUCAUUAUUAUCUGAGAUCUUCAUUUCAUAUUCAUUAAAAUUAAUAGAAGUGCAUACUUAAUUCAAAGUUAUUAUUUCAAGAAAAGUAAUUUUUAAAUCCAAUAAAGAGGUUGUAUAUCAUUAGAGUAAGGUAGGUCAAAGUUUGAGCUGUCGCAAGUUUAGUAAAGAUGCAGCAUUUGGGCAAGGUUUCUUUGUGUGUGUGUGUUUCUCUUAGUUUUUAAAUCAUUUGUAAAUUUCCUACCAUUAUUACUUUUAAAAAAUUCAUUUCAUUUUUCUCUAUACUGUAUCUUGUUUCGAUGUCAAUUCAUGUUGACAUCAGGUUCAACCAUGACAGUUUUAUGGUAAGUGUGCAAUUUUAGCAUUUCAUGAUUGUUAUUUCUUCCAUAUGUGAAUAUACAUAUUUCAUAUGACAAUGUACAGAAAGAUAUACAUUCCAUUAAAUACAAAAAUAAUCUAAAAAAUUUGAGAAAGUGUGUACAGUAUAUGGAUUAAGUAUUUCAGAAAGUGAAAGACACUUUUAAAAAGUGGACAGUCAUCAUUAAUAAUUGGCUAUGACUAAGCAGACUUUUAUUUUAUUUAAAUUAACUGCAGAGGUAGCUAUACAGUUUAGAUCUGUGUUAGGUAUAGUUAGUAUAACAAGAAUAAAAAUACAUAAAUCAGGUAAUAUGAAGGGAAUAUUGUCGCAGCUGAAGUAUAAAUUAUAACCAUGGUUCUUACACUUCUGGUAAGUCAAACUUAUUUGUAAACCAUUUAAAUAAUUUUAUUGGAUUAUACCAUGGGCUGAACAAAAUUCCAAAAUCAUAGUACUGUACUGUACCGGUAUUAAUUUUUUUUUAUUUUUUUUUAUAUAAAUUAUCUUAUCAGAGGAAGCUUAAGAUGGUAAGAUACCAGAGCUGACUUUGUUGGCAUCAGAGUAUCUGGACAGUAUGAUCUAGGAACAUGGUUGGUUCAAGAAGGAACAGAGAUGUACAGCAAGAAGUACAAGUUUUAGGUUUUUCAAUGAUAGGCCAAGAAAAUUCUGAGAUCCUGUACCUGUGGUGAUAUUAUGGAUCCUAGUGACUUGGGUAAAAGACAUUCCUCUUUAAUCAACGAAAUACUGUACUUGCAAACCUUUCUCUCUUUGGAAAGCCUGUAGAGGUCUGAAUCUUUGUAUGUGCCUGCAUACACUCGACAAUUGAUAGGAGCACACUUCUUUCCAGUGCUGGCUUCCAGUUUCCAUCUCAAAGUGGCUGCAGGCACCAAUGCACUGUUUCCCAUUUGUAAUCAAAGUUGUUUUUACACCUUGAUGCCCUUGCCAGGCAGUUCCUGUGUUUGCAUAAGUCAUUUUGUAGGUGUUUGUAAGAUAAUACAGUAUAUUAUCCCCAGACUAGCAACUAGAGACUGUUAUUAUGAUCACAUGUCCUUCCCUUUCAGUUAUUACCCUAGUAAGAAGAUUGGAAGCAAAGAUUGUCUUUCAGAGGCAGAUGGUAUAAAGUCAGCCAUGUUUCUUUAGGCAAUACACAUUGUUCCAGCUACAGUCUCUGUUUUGGUUUUGGAUUCAAUCUGCCAUUGCAUGUUCUGUGGGUUUCAAGUUUGCCUAGUCCCUGAAGUAUUAAUAGAAUACCACCACCUCACACUUUCUAGCUGGUUGUUGUUAACAGGAGCCACCUGGCAAGGUGCAUCAAGCUAUAAAUGGAGUAUUGAUUCUGAAAAUUGUUUUCUAACAGGAUCUGUUAGAUCUGGGUAGUCAUUGAGAAACCGAAUUUAAAAUAACAGAUUGACACUGAACUUAAAAUGGCAGCCAGAGCUGGUAUAGGUGAUGCUUAGCUAGACAUACAUGACUAUAGAUCUCCUACCUCGAGAAGACAACUUUAGCAAUUAUUUUCCAUUUCAAGAUAUUAACUGUGAAAGGGAGGGAUACGCAGAUCUAACAUUAGCCCCUCUAGUAUUCAUUUAAAGGAGUUGACUACUUCUCUUGAUGCCCAGAAUAACCUCAUACAUUAACAGAAGUCACCUGGCAAUGGGCAUUGCUAGAAAAUAGGAUUUCAGAAGCAGUUCUCUAUUUCUUUCUGUUGUACGUCUCUGGCAGGAAUAUACCCUGAUGCUGUUUUUGUGUUGCCAAGGGAACAGGACCUCAAACACAAGUAUAUAAUGCACUCUUCAUUUUUUCAUAUUAAAUUUCUGAGGGAUCCAAUAUCAUUACUGUGUCUUGAGUCACCAUUUAUACUUUGUAAUAUUUUUACAGUAUUGUAUAUUUUUUUACUAGGUUGUUACUAGAAGUGUUUGCAUUUUGCAUGAUGGUUUUGGUAUCAGAGCAGUUUGUACUUAAGAAGAAAUCACAGUGCAAGAAUUUUUUAAUAUACAUGUAUUUGUAUAAAUCAUAUGGAAAUUAGGAUUUUAUACAUGAAAGCUUCACCCUUGUAUUUUCUUUACAGUUGUCCUUGUCGUUUAUAGGAUCUUGUGUUUUGACAGGUGCUAUGGUAUUAUUCCUAUAGAGUGUGGGGGGUUUCAUCAGGCAAACUGAAUUUCACUCAAGCCUCUCUCCCCCCCAAAAAAAGUUAUAUUACUGCCAUCAUGAUGCAUAAGUGUCCCAUUAUAUGAAUUUUUUAAGCAGAGAAACUGAAAAAGAUGUACUGUAAUUUAAAUUGGUUUUAGAAUUUAAAAGAAAUGGGAAAUUUCUUGUAACUACCUGCAUAGUGUUUGACACUAAUAUUUUUACUAUUUGAGACCUCUUGCCAUUUUAUGCCUUUUGCUCGAUAUAUGCCUCAGCAGUAAAACCAGAUGAUCCAAAUUUUUAAAGAUGAAUCCAGAAUGAAGUGCUUUACAUUUUCUCAUGAGCUGUGUAAAGCAUAACAUUCUUCAAGUUUUUCAUGUACCCUUUUGUCUCAUUUAAUAUUCUGUAGAAAUGUGUCCCGUGUGAAUGCAUGUCUUUGUGAAUUUGGUGUUAGAUCAGUUUGAUCAUGCCACAUAUUUAGAAAUGUUGCCUUUGAAAAUCCAGAUUUUUUUGGUAAGUUAAUUCAACUGAAUUGUUUAGUGUGAAACAUGCACCAACUAGUAGUAAAAAUUGAAGGGGAUGUUAUUAACUCGGUCAUCUGCUGCCUUUCUACCCUCAACUCUUGUAAGCUAUCGACAUAGUUUAAGCCAAUAUAGAUAAUUAAAAGACCUUCACUAUCCCUGUUACUGAAAUUACUUUUUUUUCCAAUUUUACUUUACAUGAAAUUUAAUUACAGGUACUGUGUUAAUAUUUUGUUCACAUCAUUAGAUCAUAAAGUGGACAAAGGAAUUAUUCUUGUUCAAAAACAUACUUGUUUAUGAAUGUACAAAUCUCUACAACUAUCCUUGAGGUUUUGUGUGAAGGAAGUUUGUGCAAUAUUGCUUGAAUGCUUUAAGAAGAAACAGUUCCACUUAAGUAAGGUCAAGGCAGUAGCAGACUAAGUAGUAGCAAUGGCCUUGCAGAACAGCAAGUGUAGGCAGCCUUGUCAUUCCCGUGGAAAUGGUUCUGUUGUGUGAUCAUUGUAUUGUUUUUGCCUCAUAGGCAAGUGAUUCUAUGUAUUCAUCAAAUAAAAUAGUUAUGAAUGUA